AUGCUUUUCUUGUUACAUUAUGAAGGACGACUAAAUAAUGUUGGAGAUUUGAAAAAGAAGCCCUAUUACAUAUUUCUUCAUUACACAUACCCCUUUCACUCAGUGGCUCUUGGAGUUUUACUGUAUGUCGUAGGGGGGCUACCGUUUUUAGUUUGGGGAAUGGCCAUAAGAAUGGUCUAUAUGGUCCACGUUACUUUCUCAAUAAAUUCGAUUUGUCACACAUGGGGAACGCAAGUAUGGGAUACCGGUGAUUCAUCCAGAAACAAUUGGUUGUUUGGUUUGCUAGCACAUGGAGAAGGUUGGCAUAACAAUCACCAUGCAUUUGACUACUCAGCUCGACAAGGUCUUGAAUGGUGGCAAAUUGAUACUACUUGGUAUUUGAUACGAUUUCUUCAAGCUCUUGGUUUGGCCACAGAGGUCAAACUUCCAACUGAGGCUCAGAAGAAACGAAAAGCUUUGUACAACAAAGUCAUCAACAAGAAGGAAAAGCUUGGAACCGUUGGCAACAAUGGAAAACUCCAAGCAGUGAAAUAA